AUGGAGAAAACGAUGCUUGUGAUUUCAAAAUCGUGUUCUCCCCGUUUGUCCACGUCAACGGUACAAUUUCUGAAACUUUCAAGAGCUUGCUUGUUCACAUACGGCUUAAGAGUCUCGUAUGGAACAAAAGAUCAAUCGGCCGGUGAUCAGAGCAGCCGGGACGAUGAUGAUGAUGAUAAUCAGGCCAACUAUACAAUUAGCGAGGUUGAGAAAUCUGGAGUCAACAAACGGGUACAAACCGAGGAAAAUCAGACCGCCGGGCAGAGGAAGUUGAUGCAGGCCGAUGCGGUUGGAGAUGAUGAUGAAAAUCAUUCAAAAAAGCUGUCAGAAGAGACCGGUGGAUGA